UGCCAGGGGCUCAUGUCGGAGGAGUGCGGGCGGACUGCAGCCCUGGCGGCCGGGAGGACUCGGAAAGGCGCCGGGGAAGAGGGACUGGUGAGCCCCGAGGGAGUGGCGGACGAGGACUCGUGCUCCUCCUCGGCCCCACUGUCCCCGUCGUCCUCGCCCCGGUCCAUGGCCUCGGGCUCCGUCUGCCCCCCUGGCAAGUGUGUGUGCAACAGCUGCGGCCUGGAGAUCGUGGACAAGUACCUUCUCAAGGUGAAUGACCUGUGCUGGCAUGUUCGGUGUCUCUCCUGCAGUGUCUGCAGGACCUCCUUAGGAAGGCAUACCAGCUGUUAUAUUAAAGACAAAGACAUUUUCUGCAAACUUGAUUAUUUCAGAAGGUAUGGAACUCGCUGCUCUCGCUGUGGGAGGCACAUCCAUUCUACUGACUGGGUCCGGAGGGCCAAGGGGAAUGUCUAUCACUUGGCGUGCUUUGCCUGCUUUUCUUGCAAAAGGCAACUUUCCACAGGAGAGGAGUUUGCUUUGGUGGAAGAGAAAGUCCUCUGCAGAGUGCAUUAUGACUGCAUGCUGGAUAAUUUAAAAAGAGAAGUGGAAAAUGGUAAUGGGAUUAGUGUCGAAGGCGCCCUCCUCACAGAGCAAGAUGUCAAUCAUCCAAAACCAGCAAAAAGAGCUCGAACAAGCUUUACAGCAGAUCAGCUCCAGGUUAUGCAAGCACAAUUUGCUCAGGACAACAACCCAGAUGCACAGACCCUCCAGAAACUGGCAGAAAGGACAGGCUUGAGCAGACGUGUGAUACAGGUGUGGUUUCAGAACUGUAGAGCACGCCACAAGAAACACGUCAGUCCUAAUCACUCCUCCUCUGCCCCAGUCACAGCAGUCCCGCCCUCCAGGCUGUCUCCACCCAUGUUAGAAGAAAUGGCUUAUUCUGCCUAUGUGCCCCAAGAUGGGACAAUGUUAACUGCGCUGCAUAGUUAUAUGGAUGCUCAUUCACCAACAACCCUUGGACUCCAGCCCUUGUUACCCCAUUCAAUGACACAACUGCCAAUAAGUCACACCUAA